UACUGGAAACCAAAUGUUUUUUUUUUUAUUAUUAUUAUUAUUAUAUUUUUAAUUUGCACGACUAUUUUGAGAUAAUAAUUAUCAUAAAUAUGCUAUGAAAAAAAUGUGAUGUAAGUCCAGAACCUAGCUUCUUAUUUGAUUGCCUGAUGAAUGCAAAGUAUUUUUUUUUCUUUUUUUUUUCUUUUGUCUUUUAAGAAAUCCUCAAAUUAUGUUUUUGUAAAACUGACCAUAAAUAGCUCUCAUACAGAGCUCGAUUAAACUUAAGAACUGUAGAAAAUGUUCCAAUAUUUUUUUAAACAAGCGUGUUAUUGAUUAUCAUAACAAAUAUGGCGGAUGUAGCAGCAUCUGUGUUGUAAUUUGUUGCUAUUUUGCCACGUAUUUUGGUUCAAGACAGAAUCAAGUGAAGCCAGCCAUGUCAACACAUGGGUAUUCUGGUAGUCAGUAUGACAGGUUUGUUGAGCGUCGAGAGACGUCGACUCUACACAAGUUCAAGGAGACAUUCUGGACAACGAAACAAGCAGUGAUACAAAAACUCGGGAAGAAGGAAGAUGAGCAUGUUGUUGCUUCUGAUGCUGAACUAGAUGCCAAACUGGAGGUGUUCAAGGCAAUUCAGCGGUCAUGUAUGGAAUUACUGAGAGCUAUAGAAAAAUAUCAGGACAGGCUUUGUGCACUGUCAAUGGAAGAAAAUGCUACUGGAAGAUUUUUGAAGUCAAACAGUGGUCAGGAUAAAACAAGAGCUGGUAAAAUGAUGGCAGCUGUAGGCAAAUCACAGAGCUUUGCCGCUCAACAAAGGUUGGCAUUAAGAGUUCCACUAGUGCGGUUGUACCAAGAAGUUGAGACAUUUAGAUAUCGAGCAAUUUCCGAUACCCUCAUGACAAUCAAUAGAAUGGAAAGUGCGCGCACAGAGUAUCGUGGUGCGUUGUUGUGGAUGAAAGAUGUCUCAGAGCAGCUAGAUCCAGACACGUACAAGCAGCUGGAAAAAUUUAGAAAGGUGCAAGCCCAAGUGAAGAAAACUAAAGCUCGUUUUGACAAGUUAAAAUUAGACGUAAUGCAGAAAGUGGACCUACUGGCCGCGAGUCGAUGUAACAUGUUCUCACACGUCCUAGCCAACUACCAGUCGUCCUUGCUCCAUUUCUGGGAGAAAACUUCACGCACAAUGACGGCAGUGGCAGAAAGUUUCAAGGGCUACCAGUAUUACGAGUUUAAUAUUAUAAAGGAAUUACAAGAGCCGUCAAAGAAACUUUCGGAUACAACUCGUGAGCCAGCUGAAAGAGAUAUGGAUGAUGAAUUUGAUCCUGAAAACAGUGAUAGUGAGCUGUCAGUGAGUGAUGAGGAGUCAGGUGGUUUCCAUGAUGACGACAACGAUAGAUUGAUAACUUUAGAAGAAGAAACGGAAGAGGAAAAAGGGGAAGAGAAUUCUAGUCUACAUAAUCUAUAUACUGAUAAACCAGACAGUCUAACAAAAGGAACUGUAACUCCUGAAGACAGUAAAACAGGGGAGGAAAGUUCAGAGCCUUUCUUAGAUUUUGCUGAAGAAGUUACAGAAUCUCAAAUAGAUCUUGAUAUAAAUGGAAAGAUACCACCUUUAGAGAAAAAGCCUGUACCCAAAAAUGUUCCGAAAGAUCUGUUGUCAGAUGAUCUGAUUGUUGACGAUUCAGAGAAAGAUGAUAUGACGAUAUUGAACGAAAUCCUUAACGCACCUUCUGCAGCUGGGGAGGAUGAUUUCUCACGAGAAUGGCGGCUGGGACAAAGUUGCAUUCAGCAUGGUUUAAUCUGUUUUCCGUUAGACCCCUCUGAUCCUGAUGCCGUUGGCAAGAAAGUUGAACAAACAGAUGAAGCUUGUAUGGGAUAAAUGUUAAAUAGGACAUACAAAGUCAUACGUAUAAAUAACUUAAAGAGUAACAGUGAUCUUAUUGUGGGGACAAAAAUAAAAAAGUACAUGACACUGAUUAGCUACUGUUAUAUUAUGGGGACCAAAGAUCUGGAUAGAAAUAAUAAAUGUCGCAUUCAUCCUUCAGCUUGAUAUAUACACAUGAAAUUCCAUUCUGUAAAUAUCGUUGUGUUGUUGGUAACAGUUAUGAGGGUACGUAAUGUAUAUUCUGUACAAUUGUGUGUUAGGGACGUAACUAACAGCAAUUUUCUGCUGAACGAAAUAAUUACUGCCAAUAGGGUAAUUUUUGCAAAUGCUUUUUUUAGCGACUUCAUGGUUAACAGUCGUAUUCACAAUGUUUAGAAUUCACAAAAUGUGAAUAUUUGUGUUUAUUAGGACAUGAUUCAGGGCCUCCAUGGCUGAUUGGUUAAGGUUUUUCGCUUUGAAUCACUUGCCCCUCACCAAUGG